UUGAUAAUUUCGGUCUCUGUACGCAGCGCGGAGGGGAACUUCAGUAGCCUUGAUGAGGACAGCUCCCCUCCGGUCGAUGCUUUGAAGAAAGGGGAGAGUCGAAGUUAUCGCAUCACAAGUCAAGUCUGCAGUAGGCCUAGUAGAAUUAUCAAACGCGCACAGUGGGGAGUGGGCUGUCAUCUCCCGUGGGUGGGUAGGUGUGUGUGUGGCACGGGUUUUUCCCCAGUAUAGUUGCAUGCCGAAUAUUGUGCGGUGUGGUAAGCUACCAAGUGCAUCGACCAGCGAUGGCGGAAUGUGGAAUGAAGGCGCUGACUGUCCUGGAGGCGGCCCGCUCACGCUACGAAAGCUUGCAGAUUUCAGAUGAUGUUUUUGGGGAAUCGGGAGAUGACAGUAGCGACAAUCCCUUUUACAGCACUUCGGGUGACUCGAAUUCGGAUAACUGUUGCUUGGAGGCCGGGGAUGAUCAAAGGGCAGUUGAGACUGGGAAUUGUCAAAACGGAGGUCCACCCGGCUCUAUCUCAAAGACCCAAGCAGAGAAGGAUGGAUGGAGCGACACACUGCAAGAUAUCACGGUGGCCCCCUACAACGACACAUAUGGCCCUAUCCAGAGAAUGCCAGCCACAGCCACUUGCAUGGACUUCUUCCAGCUCUUUGUGCCCGACAACGCCAUCCAGAACAUGGUGACGCAGACCAACAUGUACGCCAAGAAGUACCAGGAGCGCUUCGGCAGCGACGAGGGCUGGCGGAAUGUGACGGCGGCUGAGAUGAAGGCCUUCCUGGGCUUCGUGACUUCCACCAGCGUUCACCGCUGUGAGUCAGUGCUCAGUAUCUGGAGCAGCGGCUUCUUCAGCAAUCGCAGCAUUGCACUCAAGAUGAGCCAGGCACGCUUCGAGAAGAUCCUCAAGUACUUCCAUAUCGUGGCCUUCCGCUCCAGCCACGGCAGCCAUGGCCUCUACAAGAUCCAGCCCUUCCUGGACUCACUGCAGCAGUCGUUCGGCUGCAGCACCUUCCGCCCCUCUCAGACUCAGGUGCUCCAUGAGCCUCUGAUUGAUGAGGACCCGGUGUUCAUCACCACCUGUACAGAGAGAGAGCUGAGGAAGAGGAGGAAGCGGAAGUUCAGUCUGUGGGUCCGCCAAUGCACAUCCACUGGCUUCAUCUGUCAGAUCUAUGUGCAUCUAAAGGAGGGCCGGGGUCCUGAUGGGUUGGCCACCCUGAAGAACAAGCCUCAGCUCCACAGUAUGGUGGCCAAACAGCUGUGUCAGAACCUCUCAGGCCGCAACAGCAUCAUCUUCACCGGACCCAGCAUCACCAGCCUCAACCUGUACCAGGAGUUUGAGAAACAGGAGAUCUACUGCUGUGGGCUGCUGAGCACCAGAAAGAGUGACUGCACCGGCCUGCCCCAGUCCAUGCUGGUGAACCCUGAGAGCCCCCAGCAGAGGGGCCAGUCCUGCAGCAUGAUGAGAGGUAACACCUCCCUCAUCAGCUGGUACAACAAGGGACACUUCCGCUUCCUUACCAACGCCUACUCACCCACCAAGAAAGGGGUGAUCAUCAAAAGGAAAAGUGGUGAGAUUCCCUGUCCGCUGGCUGUGGAGGCCUUCGCUGCACACCUCAGUUACAUCUGCAAGUAUGACGACAAGUACAGCAAGUAUUUCAUCUUUCACAAGCCAAACAAAACGUGGCAGCAGGUGUUCUGGCUGACCAUCAGCAUCGCCAUAAACAACGCCUAUAUCAUGUACAAGAUGUCCGAUGCCUACCAGAUCAAGCGCUACAGCCGAGCGCAGUUUGGAGAGAGACUGGUGAGGGAGCUGCUGGACUUAGACGACUGCUCUCCUACCCAGUGAGGCGACCACAUAAUCUUUGUAAUAUACGCACACACAUACUGUGUACACACACUGUCACACGUCUCACACGUACCCACAAACACACACUGUUCAUCACAUGCAAAACACUAACACACACUAACCAAAACACUAAUAGAUUUGUUCUUUACAAUUGUAGACACUGGGAUAGGUAAUUCCUUAAAUGAAACAAGAUUUUAACAGUGCCAAGUCUGGGUUAAAUGGGUUGGGGGACCAAACCUCCAGGUUUGGAGAGCAGGUCUCUAUAUCUGAGUCGGAACGGUCUAUAGAAUAAAGUUUCUUUACUGAGGCACAAAGCAGAGCCAUUGUACAGUACACAUGUCUCUAUUGUUAUUGUCACAGGCUGCAUGACAAAAACGCAGUUGGAUAAUGUACUGUUGUUCAGUGUGCAGAUUUAUUUUUUUUGAUCUGGUUAAACAUUGUUUCCAUGUAGAGCAAUGUCACUCUGUAAUGUAAAUCUAUGAUUCUAUUCGACCACCUAUGGAGCAACAUCUGG